GCAACCUCAACAUCCAGGUUCAUCCCAUAUAGCACAAGACUUGUAUCCUUAUCACAACUUCCCCUGCCCGGCAACAAUGGUGAUAACACCAGCAACCCGAACCCAUUAUCGAAAACAUUACCCUUUUCCAUCAUGUGUUGACAAGCUGUUGACCGGCCAGUCACAAAAGAAAGAUUUUCCCUUCCUCCUAGCCCAUGCCCUGUGCACGUCUGAAACGUCCAAUCUAGGCCAUCUCCACCUCAACCAGGACAGCAACAACGACGGUCCCCAUUGAGGACUUGAUGAAAGAUUCGCCAUAGUCCAUAAUUCCGCACCCGAAUUUAUGCGACAUUAUCUUGUUGAAUCCAUCUCAACCAUCGAUAACUCGGUUAACUGUCUCCAGUCACACUGACUCAAAUCGCCGAUUUCAUCUUAUCCUCGUCUGCUUGAUCAUUUUUGGAACGCCUGGCCGACAGUUGCCCAAAGGACAAAAAGCAUUAAAGGUUACACAAGAGCGUGUGCUUGGCUAUUUCGGUUGGCCCCAUUACCCGCUCAACCAAAGAAAAAAAACCAGUGCUUGAAGGUUAGCUCGUAAGCCCUCUGCUUCUGCUUUUGCCUCAGGUAAUCAGCAGAGAGAGAGAGAGACCAGGUUCGGGAAGCGAGGUGUGCCAAAAAGAAUAACCAAAGAAACACUUUGGCUCACCUGGGCACUUCGACAAAUCAAGGCCUUGUCGAACAACGAUAGCCUGACAGCACACCAAACGUUCUGAACAGAUAGCCGCUCUGGAAUACUGUCUCGGCGCACACAUCACAUAAUCCUUCUCCGGCUCUUUCCACCCGUCCCCUUUUCUUGAACAGUUCUGAGAGCCGGCUCUUUCAUGGCAGUCGUUGCUUCGCCGCAUUCCCACAAACAAUUGGACCUCAGGGGGUCAGGCCACAACACCCGUCACACGCCACACUCGCCAGGACUGAUGACAGAGAUAAUGUCUUACCAAUAUCCACCGCCGCCUUCCAACGGCACUGAAAUGGGACUACCGCCCUCCGGUUAUAUGCCUGCAUAUGAUGGCCUUCCACAUCCCGAAAUGGGCCUGAAGCCCGAGUACGACCAUAGCUACUCACCACGGGAUCGCCAUGAUACUUUGGCCAGGGCACUGAAGUUGAAGAGGGUCAUGUCCACUCCAAACGUCAGGCAGGAAAUGCCACCACCAAUGCAAGCCCCGCCAGCAUUUGGCCAGCAAAGGCUUGACGAGCAUUCCAGUAUGCUCCAGGAUGGAAAGAAAAGAAACAAGCUAGGAUACCAUCGCAUCUCUGUUGCCUGCAACCAUUGUAGACGCCGAAAAAUUAGGUGCAUAAUCUCCUCGGAUGACCCUGAAGGUCGCUGCAUCAACUGUAUUCGGCUCAAAAAGGUGUGCACCUUCAGCGCUGUAGAUACACAGCCCGCGCCCGAACCUAGGGGGAAGGCAGGAACUCGAUCGGUGUCGAUGACCGGAAAGCCCAGCUCUGCAACUGCUUCGCCAGCGAUACCCCACACAGGGGGACACCAGGGAGAGAUGUAUCCCGCACAUAUUGGUAUGCCGCCAAUGCCGCAAAUGGCACCAUCGCGAACCCUGAAAACAGCCGGUGAUGCUUUCUCCCCGGAUAACAAACUACCAGCAGCUUUACCCACAACCCGAAGCUUCGAGUACGGACACAGCGGAAUGACGAGUUGGAUGGGGCCAGAUGGAAGCCCCAACACAACUAAGCCGGGCGACUUGGGAUCCAACUGGAGGCCUUAUGCGCAGGAAUCUCCAGUCACGCCUGUGACAUUCUCACCCUACAGCGCUCACGCUCCCACCCCGUCCACAACAUGGUCGCCGACAGCCACGGAUCCCGCCUCACGCGACGAUAUGCCUUGGUCCUCUUACCCGCCGCCGCAGCCACGCUCAAUGUCCUUUGGCUCCGAUGCCAUGGGCAGCCCACAGAACCACCACUCUCAGCAGCAAUACCCAUCGAUCUCCCAGAUGGCAGGGUCUGGCUCGCGUCAGUACGAGCGCAAGGCAUCAGCGACAAUGCCGACCGACAUGUACCCCCCACCGAUCGCUACCGGCGUCGAAGUGAUUCCGGGCACGACGGCGCUUGAUCAUGGCGUCUCGCUCUCGGCCGGCGCAGUGCCGCCUGCGAACUACGGCACAUGGCACCACCCCUCGUAUACGUAUGCCGCCAAGCCAGACGGCACCUAUCAGAGCUGGUACGGUGAGAACGGUACCUCUCAACCCCUGGGCUCCGAUGGGCAAGUGGUCCACCCGGCGGCCGGCGAGAACCAGCAGCACGCUGGAGCCUUGUACUAUCCUUCUCGAUAACAAAUCUUCGAAGAGUAUAGCGGUGAGGUAGGGGGACAAGUUCGACCUGCGCUUUCAUUGCUGUUGUGUGUUUGCCUACAGGUGGUUGAGUGCCAAGGCAAAACCGUCUGUUGCGGGUUUCGUCUUCUUCGAAGUGGCAAGGAGAUCAAUUUUGCGCUCCCCAGUACGAAGAAAAAAUCAGACUCGAGCGAAUUCUGGAUUCGGAGCCACGUCUUGUUUGGGAAGAAUACGGGUUUCGUUGGCCAUGGCGUCGUUGGAGAUCAGGGUCUAAGCGCGCCACAACGCGCCACCCCUGGAUAUGAAACACGUCAAAUUCUGAGCUAUACCAGGAUCAACCACUUCAAUCAACAUUUGGAAACCGCAACACCUGGAAACGUCCUCGCGAGACAAGGUAGGGGAGGGUCGGACAAUCUUCUAAACAUCGGGGUCAAAAUUUCUCGGCGCAGGCGGCUGGAAGGAGAGGCCCGACAAGAAAAGAAGUAUAGGGAGCUUUUAGAGUGGGAGCAUGUUGAGUUUUGCUGAGCCCUGCAUCUAUCUGCGCCGCGACUUCUUGGUUCCUUCCCGAGACAAACCAGUUCGGCGAUCGAGAUUGGUGGAACACUUUUUGUCACUUUGUGACCAGACCUUACGGGGGACAGCAAACGGAUCCAAAAGUCUGAUGAACCCAGCCUAACCCUCAGACUUCCCCAUUGGAACAAAAAGGUUGCGACCGGUCUUCCAGGCGGAGAAACAAUGCAAAAAAAUCCGGCGUGCGACAGAGAAGACACAUUCUCAGGACAUAUCAAAAUUUGCCUUUACGCGUCCCGUUCGUUGAUGCGACGGUCUGUCAGUUGUCACAUAUUGGGGCCCCGCGCUCGAGACAAACGGCAAGCCGAGCGUGCGCUUUUUCGGUUCGGCUAGCUGCAUGAGGCGCGAGACAGAAAAAUGCCCCGAAAGCUGAGUGGGUGAGAACUUAGAAGAAGGCAUCGCCCCGGAGGGCGGACGGGACGGCAUGGGAAAUAUAUACAUACACGGCUUACAACACCUUAAUUCCCCCCUGCUUGUUUGGCCUGGCUUGGUUUUUUCCGUGUUUUUUCUCUUCGACAUUUUUGUUUUAUUUGAUCUUUCUUUCCAUAUAAAUUUUUUCCACUUAUUCAUUUUUAGUUUUGUCUUUUUUUGAAGAUUUGCUUUCUUUCUUCUUUCACAACUUUGGAUUUGCGGACUCGCUUGCUAGGGGUUACUAACUGGCAAACAGAAAAAAAAAUGGGGUUUUGGACCGAAAAACAACAAAACAAAAGGGGGACAAAAACUCAUCAGAAAAAGUGCAAACGCCCUGUUCACAACUGCACAGACAUGAUAAUGGAUGAUAGAAAAGGGGUGGGAAGAGAAGAGUAUACGAGGUGACGUUAUCUUUGUUAACUUCUUUUCUUCUUUUCGAUUUUAUUCGUCACCCAUCAAUGUUACAAACGAAUAUCUGCCUUGCUUUUGGAUUAUCUUUUUUUUUUUUAGUUUUUUUAGAGGGAGUUAUUUUUUAGUCCUCUCUUAUCAUUACUUUGUUCUUCUGCUCCUUUCUCGCGUUCCUCUCUUGGUAGCUCUAGAGACAAAACCAGAGAGAUUUUACCACUCUAUCAGUCAAUGAGCCAUAUUCUGAGUGGAUAGCUUUGUUGUUCGUGAUCCA